AUGAUGCGACUCCCAACCCUCGCAAGUGCAGUACUUCUGCUACUGUUGUGGGUAGCCUCGAUUGUGGACGCACAAUCAGCAUUAUCCUGUACCACAGUUCCCAGUGUUACUUCCUGCGUUUCCUCCAUUACAUCAGUCAUUAGCCGCACAGCCUCUGCAUCCAAGUUUUGUUCCUCGGUCUUGGAUUGCCCUUUACCCACGACCAUGACUUUGGUCGGCACCGUCUCAACGACAACAACCAAAACGCAGACCUCUACCUACACUCUGGAAGAAAUAGGUACUGAGACGACUACGACGUCCACGUUUUCUUAUACCGAAUCGACCUAUAGUUAUGUGGCAACUGUAACUGUCAAGCCAACAUGGACGAUUGAACGAUUCGACGUCACAACAGCCAAGCCAAAGAAGCGUCGAGAGGACUCAAAUCACCUUGAAGGCAGAGCAGUGACUUCAUUGUGCCCGUCGGCAAUCCAAAAGAGCGCAUGCUCGUGUCUCUACACAUGCUCAGGUCCAGUCACCAAGGAUAAUCGCAAAACCAUCAAGAGUGUUGAGACAGAGAUCUCAUGGAUUGUGACAACUUCUUUCAUCACAUACACCAACAUCGAAUACUUCCCGAUCAUUACAACCAAAGUAUCGCUUCUCACUAGCACAGUCACUCAAGCGGAGAUUGCGACUCAUACGCGAAAGGUUAAGUGCACACUAUCAGUCAGUGAUUCUUCAUUCUACCUACUAGCCACUAUUGCGCCGGUCCCAUCGCCGGUCCCAGUGUACAACGACAAAUACGUGCUCGCGAACCCGCAAUUCGAAUGGUUCGCGGAGGAUGGAGUCACGUUCGAGCCUCAGUAUACCCGAGAAAAGGGCACUGCCAGCGUCUUCUUCCUCGAUAGCAAAGGCCGCAUCGUCACGCAAACAUCCUAUGGAGAUCACUUCUUUGCCAGCGAUGACUUUAACGACUUCGAGUUGGUGCAUUUCCUGCCCCGCGGGUGGAUACAGGCUCGCAGGCUUCACAACGGCGAAGACGUGGGGUUUGACUAUGUCUAUUGCACGAUGCAGCCUCCGUCGGGGCGAUACGCUGGUGGAUUCAAGGAGUUGGCGUGCACGCAGGGGUACUUCAAUGCGACGGUCUUGCAGUAUUGUCCGUUGUAUGACGAGUAUUUCCGCACAGGAACAGUGCUUGGGGCAGAGUACAGUGCUACAACUCCUGAUUGUCUGUUGGUUACGUACCUGGUGGUUCCUGUCUGCUAA